CAUCCGGGGGUCAUUUGAAGGAUAAAAGCAUUUUUCAACUGAAAAACAGGGCGCCGAAAGAACCAAAUUUCAAUUUCGGCGAAUCUAGUAAGAGCAAGCCGAUAGCCUUUAACAGUGAACCACUUUCCAAAGCGUUGUCGAAAAAGGUCGAUGAGCUGGGAGCGAAAAUCGAUGCCAUCGAUGAAAGAUUGAAUAACAUGAGUAGUCUGCUGUCAUCGAUAUUGAAGGUUGUUACAAGUUUCGAAAAGAAAGAUCUGGAUACUUCCGGUUGCAAAUCUGCUGGCGAUUGUCCGACUCUUCCGCCAAAGCUCUGGACGCGGAUAUUCCUCCAACUGGAAAGGUACGAGCUACUUCAGGUGCGGAUGACCUGCCGAAGCUGGAAACAACUAGUCGAUAGCAAUUCUGGCUUGCGGGAAGGCUUCGCCAUCAGCUUUCCCGAGGGCAGCAUCAUGGAUCGAGAGUACCUUCCGGCCGACCUACCUCCGGCAUCCAAAGUGACCUUGCGGAAGGUUCGAAUAAUCGAGGUGGGCGGAUGGUUGCCCUCGCUGGGCAACACGCUAGUUCAUCUCUGCUUGAGUCAAUGUAGAGUGGGGCUUUCAACGUUGGAGGACAAGCUGCGACAGACACCGAAGCUGAAGAUUCUUGAACUUGAGAACAUUGCAACGCACAUUUAUCGGUAUGAGACUAUAACUAAACCCAAGUUAGAGUUGAAUGAAUUGGAGUGUCUCGUACUAGAUCAAAUCGAACUGGUGAAUUUUUUAAGUUGUCCUCGGCUGAAAGUUGUCAAAUGUACCUCCAUUUGGUUGAACAAGUUGGCUGCUUUCAUAUCUUCUUACCAGAGAACGCUGCAGAAUGUCGAGGUGUACUAUGAAAGUGAGGUUAUUCAAUCUCUUACAAAAUUGGAACACCUCAAGUUAAAACGGUUAGAGUUCAACAAAUAUCCAGUAUUCACAACAAGUGGCGUUAUAACCAAACUAAUAGAGUUAUGUCGCGUACAACCCACUAUAGAAGAGCUGUUGCUACCAAAAGAAGCAAAUGGCAUAACUUGCGAUCAUCUAAAACAAAUUGGUAGUUAUCUUCCUCGAUUGAAAUUUCUUCGAGCAGCCACAGUUCAAGAAAAAUAUAACACCAAAUUCUUGACAGUCCUUCCUUGUUUGAAGGUUUUAGAUUGGAAUACCUCAACAAAAGUGGACUAUUCGGGCUGUUCUAGUCCAAAUCUGCUCGAAAUAUAGUUGCGAAACCAGAAGAUAUUAAGCCUACGUCACUACCUGAAACAUUCGCCAAACAUUUCCACAUUAUUUAUCAAGAAAUGUCACUUUAGAGACUGGACGGCCGUCUUCGAUUCAAUAAAUCAUUGCAAAAGAUUGCGCCAUUUAAAACUUAAAGAACUCCAAGUCUUUGGGAGCCAUGAGCCCUUGUUGGAGUACUUUGACGAACUGCGCUCUUUGAAGCUGUGCAGGCUUACCAUGCCCAAGGAGAUGCUGAAAAUAUUGUUCCGGUUGUGUCCCCAGCUGGAGGUGCUGGACCUGCAGGAGAUGGCGCACGUUGACAACGAGGUCGUCGAGUUGGCUUGUCAAAAGAUGCGAAAGCUGAAACGGUUAACUCUGGACGGGUGUCCGCUGACGGACGUUCCGGCGAUCGAGCAGUAUCGAAGCCAGCUGGAGUAUUUGCGUGUUGAAAAUUGCGGCGAACAUG